AUGGAACGAUCUUGUGUACUAACCGUACAUGAUGAUUUUAAUACUACAGCCAAGUCAUCCCUUGUUGAAGUCAAAGAAAAUAUUCAUAUAGUUAUGGGGAAUGAAGCAGCAGAUUUAGAUUCCAUAGUUUGUUCAAUAACGUAUGCCUAUUUUCUAGCUCAGAGGAGCUUAACAGAAAGUAACGUGCGGGUCAUACCAGUUAUUGACAUCCCUAGGAAAGAUUUUCAAUUACGAGCGGAGAUCUCAUAUCUAUUCAAGUCAAUUAAAUUGAAAGAGAAUCUGUUAACAUUUGCUGAUGAAAUCGAUCUCCAAGCCCUUUAUGACGCUAAUAAACUUAGCUUAACAAUUGUCGAUCACAAUCGCUUAUCCAAUAAACAUGAACAAUUAGCAGAUUGUAUUACAGAUAUAGUUGACCAUCACUUGGAUGAAGAUCAAUUUCCAGAAUGUGAUAUUAUUCUUGAACCGGUGGGUUCUUGCGCAACGCUUAUUGCUGAACAGCUGAUGGAUGGUGAUUGUUCUCUAAUUGAUAAUGAGGUUGGUUUACUCCUAUUAUCGGCGAUAAUUGUCGAUACCGCAAAUCUAGAUGUGAAUUUUGCUCGGACUACUGAGAAAGAUAUAGAAAUUGCCAAUAAAUUAGAAACCUAUGUCGACUUUGAUGAAUUACCCUUUAGUAGAUUGGAACUAUAUGACAAGAUGAAGGAAGCUAAAUUUAACGUUAGCCAUCUUAGUACGUAUGAUUUAUUAAGGAAAGAUUAUAAAUCCAUAGCUGCCUUGGACCAAUCUGUGGGUAUCAGUUCCGUUACUAUCCCAAUGGAAGAAUUUAUUGAACGUAAUCAGUUCGUUAACGAUGUGUCGGCAUUCGGCGAUGAAAAGAAUUUAGCUGGCUUUGUCAUUAUGUCCUUCUACUUCGAAUCUGACAUUGCUAAACGUCAAUUACUGGUCUAUGAGAAAGCAUGUAAUGAUAAUGGGACAAAAAUUGGCCUUUUCCUAUCUCGUGCUCCAACUUUGAAAAUUGAAGCAGUUGAUUGUCCUCAUCCGUGUAUGCAAAUAUUCAAACAGCUUAACGUUAAAGAUUCGCGAAAAGUCAUUAUGCCCUUAGUGAAGGAAUUUUUAAAUACAGGCUUGAAAUCGCUAGAGAAUGAAACCAAGACGGAAAACAUGAAUAGUGAAAUCUGUACAAGUGAUGCUGCACUUAUUGCUGAUAUCACGCCGCACGCUGAGCCUAUAAAUGUUUCAACUGCUAAUUCUAAUAGUGAUGCUUUUAGUGUUGCCAGUAAUGCUGACAGCACCGAUAAAAUUGCACCUGAUCCACAUGAUAGCAUAGAGGAAGUAGAUAACGAAGAUAUUAUUGUUAAUAAUAAUGAUGAUGAAUCACAAAAUUCUGGUAGCUACACUGUGAAUCAGGUGAACAACGAAUGCGUAGACCUUGCGUCGCCCGAAUUGGAAACGACUACAGAAGAAUCUGUAAAAUUGUUAAAAGUUUCUAAACUAAACUUGGAAUCAGAAAGUUCGCCGACUUCGGCAACUAUUAUCGAUGAAAAUCAAGCCGAGGGUACCUUAGAGAUCUCUGAUAAUAGCGACAGUGAAGUGACUGCAUCAUAUGAUGUGAAUGAACCACUGGAAAACUUAAAUUAUCAACAAGAAAAUACAUUGAACAAAAAAAUAUUAUCUUACAGGUCAUUAGGGGAAACUGACACGAAGAAUGUUGCUUCUCAUGAGUUAAAAGUAGUGGACACGUCGGAAAAUAGUCAGUCAACUCCUUUAUCUCCUAUUGAUGAAGAAUCACCUUCAUACAAUGUCACAACUACCGUUUCCUUUCCUGAAACUUCUAACGACGUUUGCGAAUCAUCCUCACAUAACGCAGAUAAUAGCAUAGCAAACAUAUAUAAACCAAAGGCUAUUGACGUAUCUGCUCCUGAAGAUAUACCGCAGACUGAUGCCAUUUAUUUACCUGAACUUUCACCUAUUCCUGAGGAAUCUCCGAGACGAGAGGGAAUGUUUAAUUUAGACAAGACAAAUCAAGGCCAAAAUAUUGCAGAUCGAACAACUGUAUCUAGUCUCGCGGAGGAUGAAUCUAAUGUACAGUUUUGCACAGCUAUUGGAGAUUCGGUCGCGGAUAAUGAAACUUCAUAUAUUAAUGAUGAGCAAUCAAAUAGCAAAUCUUACGAUCAGAACUCUUUUACUGGAAAUCAAAGCAUGCUCCAAUCCACUGUCGUUAUGGCUGAUAGUAGCAUAAUGGAUAAAGAUGAAGGAUUACAAACUACGAAUUUAUCAGUAUCCAAUUACGAAACAUGCAUUCAAGAUAGUAAAGAUCAAUCUACAGCUUUUAUGAAUAAUAUCGUCGAAAAAACGCUUGAUACACCCCAAGAAGAACCUGAAAACCCAAGCGUUAAUCAUGAUGUAAAUGCAACGAUCAUUGCAGCAUCUAAUUCUGAAAUCGCUGUAGAAUCAUGUUUGAAUGAUUCCUUAUUAGAUGCUACAUUAGUUGCAAAUCAAGAUGGUAUUGAAGUUGAAUCGAAUCAUGAGGAAUCCGUAACUGAAAAUGUUGACAAUGAGAUUAAUUCUACAAUUAUUAUCGCAGCGUCUAGUCCUACAAAUAUUCCACAAUCGUCUACAAAUGAUAGUACUAUAGAUGCGACAUCAGUUUCUAAUCAGAGUGAGCCAGAAUGCGAUCACACUAGUCAGAGUAUAGUAGAAGACGUAAAUACUAUUGAGUUAGAUAAUAGUAGUAACAUAGAAAUAGCUGGUAAAGUAGAACACGAAUCUGAUAGUUUAAAACAAAGAGAAAUUUUAACUGAUAGUCAAGAUAAUAGAAUUAAAGAUGAUGCUCCAUUAGAUAAACAAUGCAACCUGGACCAUGAUACUGAAAAAGUUGACAAUAUGACUACAACUGCUGAGCCUGUUGCUUGCAGAAUAACAGCUUGUGCUAUAACUGAUGCGCUUAGCGAUUCUAGAUUAAUUCAGAUAAACUCUGGUAAUAGCAAUACCGCUACGGAAAACGAUAAAUACGCCUAUAAGCCUGUGGAUAAUAAAAUAAGCACGCUUGAUUCCAAAGAUACUAAUUUAUCAUCGGGGGAAGUUGAAGUUACAGGUAGUGAAAAUAUCGAAAGUGAACUAACCGAUACUAAAGAGCAAGAUAACACAGAGGCAGUUGCUGGCAACAGUCAAAAUAAUCAAUCUCCUGUAGCUCGGCCAUCUUCAUUUAAUAGAGAAGGUAAACGUAAAUCAGUAUUGAAAGUCCCAGCGACGCUUUCUACAUCUUUAACUUCGCCAGCAGCAACUGCCGAUGAUAGCACUGCUAGUAUACCACCCUCAACCGAAAGCAUACCGGAAAAUACCAAACAGGAAAGCACAAGUGGAGCAACUGAAGAUGAUACUCUGCCUAAAUCGAAGUCGCAGCCAAGGAAACUAAAAGUGCCACGAUCUAUUAGCAAUAUUGACCCAGAUGCUAUUGAAGAAUAUACAGCAGAGGAAGAACUAUCAGAUACUCGUACAUGGCGCUUAGUUAAUAUUGGAGGAGAAUCAAAGGAACUUGAUCUUAGAAUCGUGGAAGCCUACAGAAAGGUGGUCAGCCACGGAGGCUAUACGCACGACGGUAGCGCUCUAAUUGUAUUUUCGGGUUGUUACAUGCCUAAGAAAUCAGAACCUAAUUACAGCUAUAUCCUGGACCAUUUAUUUUUAUAUGUCAUGAGUACAGUGGAAACCCUGGUUGUACAACAAUAUCGAAUAAUAUUUUUCAAUGGAGGAAUGUCUAAAGAUUCAUUCCCUAGCUUUAAGUGGCUUAAAAAGUGUUACAAAACUAUAGACAGAAGCCCUAAAUUUGGCAGGAAGAUCAAAUUUGUGUCCAGCUUAGAGGAAUUAAAGAAAUUAGUAUCUUUGGAUCAAGUUUCAGUACCAGAUGUAGAGAUUAAUUUAGGCUAA